ACAAUAAAAAGAAAGAAAAAAGAAAAAGAAAAUUGUGUGAACACCAGAAAAAGUUUUAAGUUCCUUUGCUCUUUCUUUUGAGUUUCUCUCUUUCCUUUUUAUUUUUUUUUUAAAUUAAAUAUAAAAGAAAGGAAAAUUAAAUUGAAAAUCUAGGGUUUUUGAUUUCAGAAUCGAAUUUGCAUAUCGGGAUUAUAUUAUUCUUCUAUAGAAGAUUUAUUUUUCUUGAAUCCAAGCCAGGAAAGAAAAACCGCGAGGAAAUUAGCUAAUCAUCAUAUCCAGAUUCUAGCAGCAGGUCAGCACCAAAUCCAGUCAUCUCCACAAAUAACUAAAGUACUAAACCAUAGUUUAAUUACAAUGGACGUGAAUCAUUAGACCAUAGAUAAGCUCAACAUUUUCAACCUAGUGGCAUAUAUGAGGAUACCUUUGUGCUGCAGCUGCUGGGAAUCAACAAUUUGGUUAUAUAUAUCAAAAAUGGGUCAAUGCUUAAGCUCCGAUAAGCAUCAUGAUAAUGACUCUGAUCAGCACGUUGAAUUUGCUGGUAAUAAUGUGAGCCUCAUUACUACCAAAGAGAGUUGGGACCAGAAGCUGUCGGAAGCUAGUAAGGAUGGAAAAAUUGUCUUGGCGAAUUUCAGUGCAACAUGGUGUGGUCCUUGUAGAAUGAUUGCACCAUUCUACCGUGAACUGUCUGAGAAAUACCCUUCGAUUAUGUUCUUGUUGAUUGAUGUUGAUGAAUUAGCUGACUUCAGCAGCUCUUGGGAUAUCAAAGCUACUCCUACAUUUUUCUUUCUUAGAGAUGGGCAGCAACUUGACAAGCUUGUGGGAGCCAACAAGCCGGAGCUACAGAAGAAGAUAAUUGCUGUUCUAGACACGGUGACAGAUUGUAACAAAUGAUUAUUGUGAUGGUUCCUAUAUCUGAGAUAGCAGCAAUUACCAUCUUUAUGUCACUGUGGGCCGAGUAUUCUGGUUGUAGAUGUCAGCCUUUGUAGAUUUUGGCCUGUCAUGUAAAUAUAUGACUGCGUGAAAAUUUUUGCAACCUGUACCUUGGGAAUGAGCGAUUCCACUGUAUUCUUCUAGCAACACUGCUUUGGAAAUGUGAAAGUCUUUUUUUGUUUU